AUGUCCAAAUACUCUGUUAUUUUACCAACGUACAACGAGCGGCAGAACCUGCCAAUUCUUGUUUGGAUGCUGGCCAAGAUGUUCGAGGAGAACAAGCUUGAGUGGGAAGUCAUUAUUGUUGACGACGCCAGCCCCGAUGGAACCCUGGACGUUGCCAAAAAGCUUGUACGUGUCUAUGGCAAGGAACACAUUAUUCUUCGUCCCCGCACAGGCAAGCUUGGCUUGGGUACUGCUUAUGUGCACGGUCUUGAGUCUGUAACCGGUGAUUUUGUUAUUAUUAUGGAUGCGGAUUUCAGCCACCACCCCGAGGCAAUUCCCGAGUUUAUUGCCAAACAAAAGACUGAGAGUUUCGAUAUUGUCACCGGUACCCGUUACAAGGGCAACGGCGGUGUGUACGGUUGGGAUUUGAAACGUAAACUGGUUUCGCGUGGUGCGAACUUUUUGGCAUCCACCCUCCUUCGUCCCCACGUCAGUGAUCUUACAGGCAGUUUCCGUCUUUACAAGAAAGAGGUUCUGCAAAAGAUCAUUUCAGUUACUCAGUCCAAGGGCUACGUCUUCCAGAUGGAAAUGAUGGUUCGUGCCCGCUCUCUGGGAUUCACAAUUGGCGAAGUGCCUAUCUCUUUCGUUGACCGUGUUUACGGAGAAAGCAAAUUGGGAGGUGACGAGAUUGUUCAGUACCUUCGUGGUGUCUGGAUGCUUUUCACUACAGUUUGA